CCAACGGCUGAGAUCUAUCGGCCUGCAUUGCUACUCUGAAGAACGAACAAGCUGCUCUAUUCCCCCCUCUCUCUUCCUCGAAAAAUUCCGAAAUUUAAUUUAAUUUCCUGCGAAAGAAUUUCCUGAAUUUUUCCUUGCAAAUUCCUGGAAAAAAUGGCUGUUUAUGAGGAGGAGAGGAGUUUGGAAGAGCUGGAGAGCGAGGAGGAAGUUGAAGAAGUCGUCGACGGGGACGACGACGACGACGAGGGAGAAGUCGAGGCCGGCGAAGACGACGAUGGGGAAGACGACGACGACGACGACGUUGAUGAUGAUGAGGAGGAUGAGCAGGAAGCUCCGCCAAACUCCUCUGCUCCGGAGGUUCACACUGUAGACGACGACGACGACGACGACGGUGACGGCGACGACGGUGAGGAGGACGAUGAAGGCGACGACGAUGAUGAUGACGAUGACGACGAUGAGGACGACGAGGAUGAGGAAGGUGUAGAAGAGGAGGAGGAUCUGGGAACGGAGUACCUUGUCAGGCCAUGUGCUCCUGCGGAGGAUGAGGAAGAUACCAGUGAUUUUGAGCCUGAGGAAAAUGGUGAGGAAGAUGAGAUUGAAGGAGAGGAGGAUGAUGAUGACGAUGAUGCUGGUGGGAAAGUUGAGGCCCCACCGAAGAGGAAAAGGUCGGGCAAAGAUGAUUCUGAUGAUGACGGGGGAGAGGAUGAUGAUAGACCAUCCAAGCGGUAAACUCAUCUUUGGGAUGGGACCAUGACCAUUUCCGUAGGUCAAUAUUCCUCUCCUUUGCUCAUUUUGUUUAGUCCAUCCAUCUAUACCUCCUGUAGUGUCCUCCAUAGAAAGAAGGCAAUGACGCCCCGAGCUCAUUUUUCUUUCGGUCUCCUGUACUAUGACAGCGCUGUAGCCGGCCUUGUGGUUUUGACUCCAUCCUGGACAUGCAUAUAAUCAAUCUGGUCUGGAUAAACGGUUUAGUUAGUCAUGUAAUCUUAAACCUCUUUAGAGAUUAGUUGUUGUUGAGUAGAGGAUGUGUUGUUGCAUUUUAAUUUCCCAACUUGGUACUGCUAUAUGGUCUCUGUGUUUUCUGUUGUAUUUCCUGAACUGAUAUAUAUGCUCUAUUAUAUUGGUCCUA